AUGGCCAUCCUGAAACCCUACACAUUUGCCUCGGGUCUCUUUUGUGGACUCACCACUGGAUUGCAUCUCAUUUGGGGAGGUCAUGAUGUCGUUCGGCCAUUUCUAAAACUUCAUGAACAAGAUCCCAACACACUGAACGAAGAAGUGACUUUCAUUCUUCAUGCGUGUUGGCAUAUCGUUUCUCUCUCAUUGGCCACCACAUCGGCCAUUCAAAUUUCAUAUGGCCUCGGAAGACCUUACUUGAUUGGCAACUCCUUCAUCAAAGUCACUCCAGAACUCGUGAAUUUCAUCAACACAUUCAAUGGGUUAGAAGGUUGUAUUGUAUUGGCGUGCAGUUUUUUCGGGAAAGUCCAUGAGGAAGAAAUGAAAAAGAGAAGAUUUGAGAAGAAAUGGUUGCACUUGUUGUUCCGAUUACCUCAAUGGGCCUUGUUUUUCAUUAUUGCUGGUCUUCCUUUGCUUGAUUAA